GCUAGCUUGACUAGACUUGUCAAAAUGGCGAUGUUCGUAGUGGGCGACUUGAGUUAGUUCAUUUUAGUCUGUGGUAUUUAUUUCGCUGUUAUUAUCGGCGACGUUAGCCUCGACAGUAUGGCGACUUUGGAUCAGAAAUCACCCAACGUGCUGCUCCAGAGCCUCUGCUGCAGGAUCACGGGGAAAAGCGAAGCUGAAGUCGCCCACCAGUUCCAGUACGCAGUGCGAGUCAUCGGCAGUAACUACGCCCCCACCAUCGAGCGAGACGAGUUCCUGGUUUCAGAGAAGAUCAAGAAAGAACUGUUGAAGCAGAGGAGAGAAGCAGACGCUGCUUUGUUCUCUGAGCUGCACAGAAAACUUCAGACGCAGAGUGUCCUCAAACAUCGCUGGUCUGUUCUCUACCUGCUGCUCAGCCUCUCUGAAGACCCCCGAAAACCGUCCAGCAGGGUUGGAAACUAUGGCGCUCUCUUCGCUCAGGCUCUCCCCAGAGACGCCCACUCCACCCCGUUCUACUGCACCCGGCCUCAGAGCCUCGCUCUGGGCUACGGGGAGAGAACGGCCGCUCUGUCAGCCAGCGUGGGGACCAGCGGCAUCUCCAGCCUGGGAGUGUACACGCUGAACGGACCCACGCCGACGCCGCAGUCACUGCUGGCUGGUCAACCUCCUCAGGCUGCAGCAGCGGGCGCUCAGCUUCUGGGAUCCCGCCUGGCUUGGACUCUUCCUGUCAGCUGCUCCUCGUCCUCCGCUCUGGCUCUGCCCGCCACUCGACCGCUACUCGGACCUCCAGUCCCCGCCAGCAGAGCGGUCCAACCCCGUAGAGACGGAGAGGUGAGCGAGGCGGCGCUGGUGCGGGACAUCCUCUACGUCUUCCAGGGAAUCGAUGGAAAGUUCAUCAAGAUGAGCGCCCAGGAGAACUGCUACAAAAUAGACGGCAAGGUGGUGCUGUGUAAGUCCCUCAGAGACACCUGCAGCAGAUUGGCCGAGCUCGGCUGGCUCCACAACAACGUCAGGAAGUACACCGACACCCGGAGCCUGGACCGGGCCUUCGGGCUGGUCGGACAGAGCUUCUGUGCAGCGCUCCACCAGGAGCUGAAGGAGUACUACAGGCUGCUGUCAGUCCUCCACUCACAGUUGCAGGUGGAGGAUGAGCAGGGUGUGACCGUGUUCACAGAGAGCACGCUGACUCUCAGGAGGCUCCUGGUCUGGAUGUACGACCCCAAAGUUCGACUCAAAACGCUGGCUGCCCUCGUCGACUUUUGCCAAGGUCGUAAAGGAGGCGAGCUGGCCUCGGCCGUCCACUCUUACGGGAAAACAGGCGACCCACAGAUGAGAGCGCUGGUUCAGCACAUCCUCAGCCUGGUGUCACACCCCAUCCUCAACUUCCUGUACAGGUGGAUCUAUGACGGAGAGCUGGAGGACACCUACCACGAGUUUUUUGUAGCAUCGGAUCCCAACGUGAAGACGGAUCGUCUGUGGCACGACAAGUACUCCCUCAGGAAGUCCAUGAUCCCCUCCUUCAUCACCAUGGACCAGGCACGCAAGGUGCUGCUGAUCGGUAAAUCCAUCAACUUCCUGCAUCAGGUGUGUCACGACAGAACGCCUCCGGGCAAAAUCACACCAGCAUCUAAGUCUGCAGACACUCCCAAAGACGCUGCAGAGCUGCUUUCUGACCUGGAGGGGGCGUUUCAGGAGAAGAUCGACGCCGCUUAUUUUGACACCAGCAAAUACCUGCUGGACGUCCUGAACCGGAACUACCUGCUGCUGGAGCACCUGCAGGCCAUGAGGAGAUACCUGCUGCUGGGACAGGGAGACUUCAUCCGACAUCUCAUGGACCUGCUCAAACCAGAGCUGGUACGCCCUGCCACCACUUUGUACCAACACAACCUGACCGGUAUCUUAGAGACGGCGGUCAGAGCCACAAACGCUCAGUUUGACAACGCAGAGAUCCUCAAGAGGCUGGAUGUGCGCCUCCUAGAGGUGUCUCCAGGUGAUACAGGCUGGGAUGUGUUCAGUCUGGACUACCACGUGGAAGGACCCAUCGCUACGGUGUUUACAAGAGAGUGUAUGGGACACUACCUGAGGGUGUUUAACUUUCUGUGGAGGGCCAAGAGGAUGGAGUACACGCUGACGGACAUCUGGAAAGGACAGAUGUGUAACGCCAAGCUGCUCAAAACGAUGCCGGAAUUGUCCGGCGUGCUGCAUCAGUGUCACAUCCUGGCGUCUGAGAUGGUCCACUUCAUCCACCAGAUGCAGUACUACAUCACCUUCGAGGUGCUGGAGUGCUCCUGGGACGAGCUGUGGAACAAAGUGCAGCAGGCUCAGGACCUCGACCACAUCAUCGCCGCCCACGAGGUCUUCCUCGACACCAUCAUCUCCAGAUGUCUGCUGGACAACAACAGCAGGUCCCUCCUGAACCAGCUGAGGGCCAUCUUUGACCAGAUCAUCGAGUUUCAGAGCGCUCAGGACUCCCUCUACCGCUCGGCUCUGGAGGAGCUCGCCCUCCGACUGCAGUUCGAGGAGACGAAGAGGCGACGAGAGGAGGAGGGAGAGUGGGGAGUGACGGCCGAACAAGAGGCGGAGGAGAAGAAGAGGGUUCAGGAGUUCCAGGAAACGAUACCAAAGAUGCGCUCCCAGCUCCGCAUCCUCACCCACUUCUACCAGAGCAUCGUCCAGCAGUUCCUCUUGUUGCUGAUGACCAGCCAAGAUGAGAGUCUGCGUUUCCUCAGCUUCAGACUCGACUUCAACGAACAUUACAGGGCCAGAGAGCCGAGGCUGCGAGCUUCGCUUGGCGCCACCCGCGGGCGACGGCCGUCAAACAUCUGACAUGACGACCUCACGGCGUUGACAGACGAGGCUCCCAGACAUUGGAGCGCAGGGUUUAUGACAUCACAGUGGGCAGUUGUGACAUCACAGAGACAGGCCCCCCCGACCGGCAGACUUAAAGCUCUGCGUGUCGUGAUGAUGUCAUGACCUGGAGGAGCGAAUCCAGCGCUGCUCUGAAAAGUUGGGAGGCGGCAGAAGCAGCGGUCGCCAAGUGAUGACAUCACAGCUGACAGCUCCGCUGAGCGGGAAUUAAGUCAAGUAAAUACAAAGUUUCAGCGCUAACGCUACAAUCUAAACGGACUGCUCGACGUUGUGGAAAGUGUGGAGCAGAUGGCGAGGAGAGAAACAAAAGCUGCUGUCAGAGCGAGUCCCACAGGGCCACCGUACAUGGCAUGCCUUACUCUUAAACAAAAAAACAAGAACAUGCUCAGCGUUGUUGCCAAAUCUCGUUCCAACCGCAGACUGUCUAUAAGACGAGGACGUAGCCAUCGGGGUCGUCUUUAAAGCCCCGCCCUGACUCCUCCCCCUCGCCCUAGUCUCCGAGACUCUAAACGUGACCUUUAUUGAUUAAAUGAAUAUUCAUGCUGUGUUGAAGACGACAUGAAACUACAGAUUGAGAACACCAAAAUGUUUACUGAGGGAAUAAAAUCAACCUUCUGUUGAAACCACAGGAGUCGCCCCCUGCUGGCCAAGAGAAACUGCACAGCUUUAAGACUCUCCCUGAUUGGCUGCGUCUCUUUCUCAUACACAGUCUGCGGUUCAUAAACAUCCAAUGUAUGUAAAUAGAGUUUAUGCAAAAAGCAACAUCAUCAACGUGUGUGGCUUUGUGUCGUAUCACCCGGGUUCAACCGGUAAGAGGCUGAUCUUUUUUUUUUUAAUGUUUGUAUCUGUAGCAUUUAAUGAAAGGUUAAAUGUGACACUUUGAGGCGGUGACGCUGCGCACACUGACGGGAGUCUGAGUAUUUAAUACGUACACGUCAGCAUGUGUCGGUCUAACCCCUAGUUGCUGUAACGUUGAUGACGGUGAAUGUGCUGAAAGGGGAAUUCUGGUGUUUUAAGUCUCUGAAAUUUCAAAUCUCCCACGACUCCAAAAUCAAUCACCAGAAAAAACACCCAGAAUUCCCUUUGAACAUUUAAAUGUGUGCGCACGUUUUGUUUUUCCAUUCUGCUCGGUUUUCUGUCCGUUAUGAGAGACGGAUCGUUGUCACGGAAACGAUCCUCUCAACAACCACAACAACCUCACUGCAUAAACAACAGGAACUCUCAACGUGUUCUCAGACGUGUCUUUAUGAAAUGUAAAUACUCCCCCCACACAUGUUCAAAGAAUGUAAAAGCUAACAUAUAUUAACUCUGCAGGUUAUUUUUCUCUCAGAUGGACGGACGAGUGUUUGUUUGUAGUGUUACAAAGUUCGACAUAGAAACGCUAACAGUGUCCAGUUUUUUAAACUCUGUCAGAUUUUUUGUUUCAACAUAAAAAGUACUUCUUUUUCUUUUUUGUUCUGUGAGACGAUCAAAUGUUUACUGAGGAGUUAAAGCAAGGGAGCGAUGUGUAACCAGUGGUGUCGCCCCCUGCUGGUCAUUAGAAGAAACGCAGUUUAGGACACUAAACCCUCUGAUUUUAUACUUCAGAACUCACUUAAAAACGUACAAUCAGAGCCCUGGGAAAAAACUUCAAAUCAAAACUAGAUAAUCGUCUUACAAGCCGUGGUGAAUAGAUACACAUUUGCUGGAUUUUCUUUGAGGUAUCAUCACAUGUCUCACCUUGUCGGCGCUGUAAUCCUGGACCGGGGAGUUCAGGUUUCUAGAGGCAGAAAGAAGCAUUUUUAAAGAUUAGUGGUGACGGCAGCAUAAAAACACAGGUUAUAAAUAAACACCUGGUUCGACGUCACACCUUCACUGUGGUCUACGAGGCUCCCAAACAUCAGGAUUACAAACCCGAUGACAUUUACAUUUUCUCUGAGUUACCGGUUGAUUUGCGUGGACCCACGUUGCUGCAGGUUCAUCGAGUUCAGGAGCAGAUGUGACGCUCUGGUUUUUACUUUCUGUGUUUUGGUUUGUUUGUCCAUGAAACAAAUCGGUGCUGGAUUUCAUCACUCUCGACCUGCUUCCUGUCAUGUGUUAGAGUGAAGUGAAAACAUGCUCAGCCCUCCUCCACUGCCCGUCUGUCCUCUCCAUUGUACAGCACAUAAUGUAUAGAAUACAGGGAAACCAACCAUCCUGCUUCUUCUUUCAUAAUAAAAGGUUUUUUAUUUA